AUGUGGUUGUUGCUCUCGCCCUCCAAAGCUGCUCAGAAGAGAAGAGAGGAGGAAGAGAGAAUGGAUGAGGGUGUGGAGCUGCGCAGUCGAGCCAAGGUGGAGAAGAGCGAGGGUAGAGCGGCAUCUGCAUCCCCUGAACCUGUCAUGGCUCGAUCCAGAAAACGAAGGAGGAUGGUGGAUUUGCAUGGCUCGGAGCCGCUCGACGAUCCGCCAACGUCACCCACGAUAGGAGAUAUGCUCAUGAGGAAGAACACCGAGCUUGCUUCACCUGGCGCUCCGCAACACGACUUCCAUCCAGCGUCUGCAUCCUCGCCAACUCUCAAGCCUCGCAUCGCGCACGCCUUGUCGCCUGGGCCAAGUCCCGGCUCGGGAGACCAGACAACAGGAAAGAAGCUCAAGCCUAGCGCAAUGCUAGAUGAUGAGAGCUUCAAUGGCGAUGAGCGCGAAGCGCAGGAAGAAGAGCUUCUCACCACCAAAGAUGUGCGGGAGAGUGCCACGGGACGCUCGCUGACAAGCUUCGCGACGCCUAAUGGGCCCGCCAUCUUCCGCACGCCUUCCAGCGCACCUCGUCUCUCUCUGACUUCCAAUGCAGUCUCACGCGCUCGCUUGAGCACGAGCACAAGCACCAACGCUAUCCAAGCAUCAUCGGCCAAGUCCCUCGACUUUUCAUCUGGCCCAUUCCCUUUUGACCUCUCGCCUGAUCUGCCUCUACCUCAGCACUACGCUACACUGCUGGCGCUUCAUUCGGCGCUUGAACAUGCGCUCGUCGCUCAUCUAGCUGUCAAAGGUCCCGGCGGAUCCAGCGAGGAUGCUACAUUCGCACCACUCUCUCCUCAACCCAACUUCGGGCGAUCCAAAUUGUCUCGAGAGGCCACAUCUGCGGCAGGCGACAGACGCGAUGCAGAGACAUCAAAGAUGAUCCGACUGCCUGGUCUGCUCACUUAUGGCGCUCUGAGACCCGUCGUGGAGCGCGCUUCCGGUCGUGACUUUACGCCUAGACAGUUGGCUUUGCUUGCUGCAAUCUGGAGCAUGGAUGAUGACGAGGCCAGCAGCAGCAACAAGUCUGGCGAUUCCUCCGAAGAAGCACAGCACAAGUCAGCAGGGAUCGGCCUGCUGCUGAGUCGCACGCGCACGCUGGAUGCUAGAGGACGAAAGUGUUGGGACUGGGCCGUCGGAAUCGAGAUGAUGCUGUGCAGGACCAAGGAAAGAGCUGCUACUCCUCCGCUUUCCCUACGGACCCCUUUCGUGUCAAGCUCGGCCCCUAGCACACCUCCCCAACGAUCUCGAGCUGAUUUCACAGACCACAGUCCCGCCUCGACGCUCGAUAACAGUCCCAAAAGACCAAGCAAAAGUCAACAGCUGAGCCCGAGCAAGGCGAGAGAGGGCAUGUCCAUCAUUGCACUCUGGAACAUGGGCUUGGAAGCGCGCAAGAAAGCGUUUAGGCAGAGACUGCUCGGCUUUGUGGCUAGGGCGCACAUGCGUUGGUUGGAAGGGGUGCGAAACGAAGAGGUGAAGGGCGAGGAACUUGAUGAAGGAGUGCUGCGAGCUUGGCACGACGACUUUCCCCUGCAACAAACACCGCUACCCACGCCUGCCACUCUGCCGGAACUCAAAGCGGCCAUCGGAAGUUCCGUCGCGCCUGGCAUGGACAUGCUCCGCUCGGGCAUGACGGGCGCUAGCGCGCACAGUCGAGCGGCGCCACAAAAGUCCACGCCAUCCCUGAUCCGCAAUGGUGCUUCGUCGUUGGUGCCAGGUCCUCUGCCUUUCGACGGUGCGAGUGCUGGCGGUACGAGUGCUGCAGCGUCGGCGAAGAAAAUGUCGCUAGAAGAGCGCAUACGAGCCAAAGAAGAAGCGAAGAGGGGCCGCUUGCAGGACAUUGCGCAGCGGAGUCGAUUGUUCGAUUCGCGCAGGAUGGGCGGAAAGAUGGAUGUGCCUAGUACACCUUCGAGCAGGGGCGGCGGAAGCGUCUUUGGUAGUCCUGGGCGCUCCGAGGCGGCUGAUGUGGAGGAGACCGGUGCGAGCGCAGGUGGGGUCCCUGUGGUAGAGGAGCAAGAGCUGGGCACGUCGAUGAAAAGGGAAGAGGGAUCCUUGCGCGCACUAGCAGCACCUUCGACAUCUGCCGAAUUGAUGGCGCACUUUGCUAGGCGAUCCACCUUGUCGCGUCUCGUUUCCAUCGCCGAAGGUCUAUGGUUGCUGUUCCUCGCCGGUUCCAACUCGACCUCGAGCGCAGGAGGCGGAAGUUUGACCUCGGCGACGCUAUCCACAAGCAGCAGAUCGGCAGCUUUGCCGAUGGAACAAGUGCUGGAAAGCGUGCGCAAGAGCUGUCCCAACUCCCUGAGCAGCAGUGAAGCCAAAGAAGCGCUGCAUCUCAUCCAACAGAUCGUACCGGGCUUUUUGAGCUGCUUGAACAGCGGACAGAGGCAGUGGGUCAGGUUGGAUAGGAAAAGGGGACUGGAGGAUGUGAGGAGGGCGGUAAGGCUAGAGUUGGAGAGGUGA